AGGACAACCCACAACAAUGACGUGUUUCCUGUUUGACAAAUCCGCGCUGAUUUCAAGUUCUGGUCGGGUUUCUACCACGAACUGUCGAGAGUUUGUAGAGUCCCGGACCUUUUAUUUAUCCAAGUCCUCAGACUGAUAACGUAACGCUAAAGGGUGGGGAAGGGCCGUGACAGAAUGGAGUUCGAAAAUCACAAACAAAACAUUGAUGUCGACGUUCACGUUAAAUCUCACAGCACAGCUAAAAAGUCCGAGGUGAGGAUACAGGUCCUCGGGCUGCUCAAUCGCCACAGCACGCUCUUUGGAAACUACAGAUGGACAGAGUUUGAUAAGGAAUUCCUGCAGAAAAACGUUGAAUCUGUGGCUAUUGUUGAUCAAGAUGAAUUGAUAACACAGCCCCUUGAUUUGAAUAGCUACUCGGUCUCCAUUCACAUCUUCACCCUGAAUGAGGAUGGACCCAGCACGCUCAGUCUGGAGGAGGAUGAAGAGCUUUCAGCCGCCAAUCACUGGUUGCUGCCAGCAGCUGAAUUCAAUGGGAUUUGGGAGAGUCUGGUAUACGAGAAUGGAGUCAAAACCCAGCUCCUGAAUUACAUUUCCACAACAAUUUACUUCUCGGACAAAAAUGUUGACAGUAACUUGAUUUCGUGGAACCGCGUUGUGCUGCUUCACGGCCCCCCGGGCACAGGGAAAACGUCACUGUGCAAAGCUCUGGCCCAGAAGCUGUCCAUCAGACUGUCCAGUCGGUAUUCUUAUGGGCAAUUUGUCGAGAUAAACAGCCACAGCUUGUUCUCAAAGUGGUUCUCAGAGAGCGGUAAAUUGGUCACAAAGAUGUUUCAAAAGAUCCAACAACUGAUAGACGACAAAGAAGCUCUCGUGUUCGUUCUGAUCGAUGAGGUGGAGAGUCUGACAGCAGCUAGGAGCGCCUCCCAGUCGGGAACAGAGCCCUCCGACGCCAUCCGAGUGGUCAACUCGGUUCUCACCCAACUGGACCAGAUCAAAAGACAUUCCAAUGUUGUGAUCCUGACAACCUCCAAUGUGACACAGAAGAUAGACCUGGCGUUUGUGGACAGAGCUGACAUCAAGCAGUACAUCGGACCUCCUUCUGAGAAGGGCAUUUACAACAUCUACCUCUCCUGUCUGGAGGAGCUGAUGAAGUGCCAGAUCAUCUGCCCCCGGCAGCAGCUGUUCACCAUGUUUGAGCUGGAGACGAUGGGCUUCGCCAUGAGCGAGGUGUCCGAACACAGUCUGAGCCUGAGGGACAUCGCUGUAAGGAGCAAAGGUUUGAGUGGAAGAGCUCUCAGGAAGUUGCCGUUUCUGGCCCACGCGCUGUUUGUCAUGACGCCGACGGUGACCCUUGAGAUGUUCCUGGAGGCGAUGAGGCAAGCCGUGGACAAACAGAUGGAGGAGAAGGCUAACCUGGUCAAUGCGGUUUGAACCUGUCACGGAGCCCAGAGGCUGACGCAUCGUUGUUGGUGAGCCCUCGACCCCUCGCCUGGCCUUGUUUGUAACCCUUGCAUAUUUUUAAAUAAAGCCUUUUAAUUUGCCGGCAACGUGAUGCACCCAUUGGCAAGUAACAGCGUUUUAACAAACGCUCUCUAUAAUAUAAGUAUUUGAUUCAGGUGAAUUUGGUUACCGUGCUUCGGUCUAGAAAGUUUGGAUUUAGAUGGCGAACCCAAUACUUGAACCUGUGUUUACGCUGUUCUUCGUUCCAAAGAGAAGGUUUUAUGUAAUGUUGAGCUUUACCGUACCGGGGCCAGCUUUUUUUGGUUUCCGAGGGAAUGGAAUAGUUCACAAUUUGUUAUUUGAGCUUUAAUUCAAAUCACUGUACACAUUAGCUCACUCCAUGGAUUUUAUUGCUGAUAUCUGAGGGGCCAAUAUGUUCCAUUUUCAGCUCUUCUUUGAUAUGUGUUGUCAGCUCUCGGAGAUUCUCUCAUCCACAGGAUCAGUAGAAUGAGCUUGUGUUCAUGUGCAAUGCAGACUUGUGUUAAAAAUUGAACGGUCACUUAAACAUGCUGUUUCUUUUGUUGACUAUUUGUGUGUUCACUUUGAAAGGUUUGGUUGUCAUUGUUAGUUCCAUAUAUAUAUAUAUAUACGUUAACAUAAAAUGUUUAUUACCACUUUAUUUUGUGAAUGGCUUUGUAAUAAAAUGUUUGGUUUAUGUUCUUGUGUGUUGUGGAAAUGCUGUGGAUGCAUUUUGGAGAUUUCUUUUUUUAACAAUGCCUUCAGGCCACCACUUGGUGGUGCACAGACGCCGUCAUAGGGGUUCAGACGUGGAACGACUGAAUUUAUAUAGGUGUAUUUUAUGAUACAUGGGAUGAUCGCAAUGUGGACAGUAAGUGGAAAAAUAACACAAUACCAGAAUAAAAAGAUUACAAUAGCCCUUGAACCUGUCUCAUGG